CCAAGAUGGUUUGCGUGGGGUGGGGGGUAUCACCAUGCCCCAGUUCUUUCCUAUCCCCACAUGAGAAGCAAGGAAUGUCGAGUGAGAGGCCUUCUUGUGUUUUCCCUGAAGUGCAUUCUACUUAACGAUGCUGUUGUCCUGUGCAGCUCACCACGCGCCGGCUGUCAGUGUUUUGUUAGUGGAACUGCUGGCCAUAUAUAAUCUAGGACCAAACAAUCAACAGAUGAGUGUGUUUUAUUUUUAUUUAUUUAUUUAUUUAUUUAUUUAUUUAUUUAUUUAUUUAUUUUGAGACGGAGUUUCACUCUUGUUACCCAGGCUGGAGUGCAAUGGCGCGAUCUUGGCUCACCGCAACCUCCGCCUCCUGGAUUCAGGCAAUUCUCCUGCCUCAGCCUCCUGAGUAGCUGGGAUUACAGGCACGCGCCACCAUGCCCAGCUAAUGUUUUGUAUUUUUAGUAGAGACGGGGUUUCACCAUGUUGACCAGGUUGGUCUCGAUCUCUGGACCUCGCGAUCCACCCGCCUCGGCCUCCCAAAGUGCUGGGAUUACAGGCUUGAGCCACCGCUCCCGGCCAUGAGUGUGUUUUAUAACACUGCUUACGGACCACGGAGGCUCAGCAGGCAGUCAACUUGUAUUUUGCAUACAUACCUUAGUUUUCUCAAUCUAGCUACUGCACAGACUGGCUUUGUAUCUUGUACUAUGGGUGUGAGUUGACUUUCUUCCAGCAGUCUCUCCUUCGGGGUGGCGCUGAAUAUCCCCUCAUUUCAGCUUUUUGUGGUGCUCCUUUGCCUCAUUUUUCUAAGCCAUAAUGUCUAGCCUGGUCUCAGCUCCAAGGCAAGAACAGAAAUACAGAUAAGGACAGAAAUGCUAUAGCGAAUUCUACCACCAUUUGGAUGAAUAAUAAAAAAAUAAAACAUUUAUUUUAUAGCAUCUGCAAACAUCCCAAAACCUUUCAACCAAAAUACAUAUAAAUGAGUGUGUAGACCAAAGUAAGGACAUCAAGAUGUUAUAUUUAAAAAUAAAUCAAGAUUAAAGGCAAUGUCCUUCUCUUUUAGGAACAUUGCAAAUACAAUUGCAAUACUCCAAGUACAUAUUCUGUACCCAGCCACCUGGGACUACUGGGAACUUCUAUGCCAAUUGUGACUUUCUCACCCCUCAAAUUAACAUGCAGUGAAUAAUUACAUAUUGUAAACACCUGGAAGUGGAAGAGGCAGUGGGGAUAAAUUAAGAGGAAGAGUAAAGCUAAUACCAUAAGUUCGUUGCAUAGCAACAGAUCUGAGUAUCAUCAUGAAUAAUUGGUUAGCUUUUCCACAUGCCUCAGAAGUUUCAGCAAUCACCUAACAAACAUUUUAGGAAUCCAGAUUUCUCAAAAAUUGAGAGAUUUAAGAUAAUUCCUCAAUUUAUCUUGGACUUUCAGCUUAGUAGCUAGCCCAGUACUAUAACAAUGACAGGUUUUAAGUAAAUGGCAGGGGAAAAGGGAGGAAAUCUAAAUAACCAAUCUCUAGCUGGUGAAUAGAUUGGCUGAAUAAGGUGUUAUCAGCUGCUUGAUAUAGAGCUGAUAAAAAUCAUCUUCAGCUAGGCAUACUUGAGGCCUGAUUACAGAGGUGAUGCUCUUCCACCCACACACCUAAAAUUUAUUUAAGAAACCAAGCUAGGCUCUUCCUGGCUUUUAGGAAGAGGACUGGCAUGGAGAAAUAUGUUCCUCGCUAGUUCUCCCAAGCCAUGGCGCUUCCCAGCAAAUUACUCCUUUGGUUUUGCUGCUUUGCCUGGCUAUGUUUUCCUAUUAGUGUUGGUUCUCAGGCUUCUAGGGGAGACGCUCAGAUUGCUGCUAGUGCUGAGUUGGCAUCUGAGGCUAAGCCUUGGUCCUUGCUGCAGCCUAUAGAGGAGAGAGACAGAGCUGGCCUCCUUCCCCCGCUUUUCAAAGUUCUCUCUGGUGGGCGAGGUGGGGCACCUAGGCUGCAGCCAGACUCCAGAGCUUUGCACUACAUGAAGAAGCUCUAUAACACAUAUGCUACGAAGGAAGGGAUUCCUAAAUCCAAUAGAAGUCACCUCUACAACACUAUUCGGCUCUUCACCCCCUGUACCCAGCACAAGCAGGCUCCUGGAGACCAGGUAACAGGAAUCCUUCCAUCAGUGGACCUGCUAUUUAACCUGGAUCGCAUUACUACCGUUGAACACUUACUCAAGUCAGUCUUGCUGUACGCUAUCAGUGACUCAGUUUCUUUUUCCUCUGCUAUCAAAUGUAUGUGCAACCUGAUGAUGAAGGAACCAAAGUUUUCUAGCAAGACACUCCCCAGAGGUCCAUACUCAUUUACCUUUAACUCACAGUUUGAACUUGGAAAGAAACACAAGUGGAUUGAGAUUGAUGUGACUAGCCUCCUUCAACCUUUAGUGGCCUCCAACAAGAGAAGUGUUCACAUGUCUGUAAAUUUUACAUGCAUGAAAGACCAGCUGCAGCAUCCUUUGGCACAGAAUGGUUUGUUUAACAUGACUCUUGUGGUGCCCCCCUCACUCAUCUUAUAUUUGAAUGACACAAGCGCUCAGGCUUAUCACAGGUGGUAUUCCCUUCACUAUAAAAGGAGGCCUUCCCAGUGUCCUGACCAGGAGAGAAGUCUGUCUGCCUAUCCUGUGGGAGAAGAGGCUGCUGAGGUUGGGAGAACUUCCCAUCACCGUCACCGCAGAGGUCAGGAAACUGUCAGCUCUAAAUUGAAGAAGCCCCUGGUCCCAGCUGCCCUCAAUCUGAGUGAGUACUUCAAACAGUUUCUUUUUCCCCAAAAUGAGUGUGAGCUCCAUGACUUUAGACUUAGCUUUAGUCAGCUGAAGUGGGACAACUGGAUUGUGGCUCCGCACAGAUACAACCCUCGAUACUGUAAAGGGGACUGUCCAAGGGCAGUUGGACAUCGGUAUGGCUCUCCAGUUCACACCAUGGUGCAGAACAUCAUCUAUGAGAAGCUGGACUCCUCAGUGCCAAGACCAUCAUGUGUACCUGCCAAAUACAGCCCCCUGAGUGUGUUGACUAUUGAGCCUGAUGGCUCAAUUGCCUAUAAAGAGUAUGAAGAUAUGAUAGCUACAAAGUGUACCUGUCGUUAACAAAUGGUCCUCUUAAAACCUUGAGCCUGUUUGGCAAAGUAUCUGUGCCUUCAAGAGAAAGCUUCAUAUGUUAAGUCUCAAUAAAAUGCAGCGUAUGUUAUAUAAAGAGGAGCCUGUGUAGAUUAGUACCUUACAUGGCAUCUAUCAGGAUAACGGGAUAACAUCAAUUGUUGCUUCAGAGCCUUUUUUAUUUCCAAAUUUAAAUGAAAUAUAAUUAUUGUGGAGAACUUUACAUUUUUUUCCUUGAGCUAUUUUUUCAUAGGAGUCUGUUUCUUGAUAGGGAAAAAAACCUUAUUUAGCAUAAAUCCUGGAUGGACUUGCACUAUAAAUAGGCAAUUCAGAUUGUAGUCUUAAUCGAAAAAUAAAUUUCUGUCAA